AUGGCGGGGCAACUGGACGAGGUGGAAGGGCAGAUGGUCAACGUUUGCCACUUCCACCCCCUCGGCCAGUACUGGCGGAGCCUCUUCUGCGACGCCGCGGCCGUCGUCGGGUCGGCCACCGAGGCCAUCGAGGCAUUCUGCGACGACCGCCGCUGGAACUCCAUCGGCAGUCUCCAGGUGGACCUCGCACCGCCCGACAAGAAGGCGGACGUGCCGCGGCCGGCCGCGAGGCUACCAGACACACGUUUGCGCAGGCACGGCUAG